AUGGCAUCCGUUGGCGCGCACUUCCCUCCUCCGGCCUCGUCGCGCCGCUUCCCGGGCUCCUUCCAGCGCCAAGACAGCGCCGAAGACGACGGCGAAGCGUACGGCGCUGACCGCCACGCCGCUGCGGCUCUGCGGGGCUUCUCCGUUCGCGCAAGAGACGAGAAACAAGAAAGCGUCAAGUCGGAGCCCUUAAUUGAGACUUCCGACGCUGAAACCCCGCCCCCGCAGGCUAAAAGGAAGCGAAUUUACAAGAAGCGGAAGGCCACGCACACGAUCCGCAAGGAGGAGAAGAUCGCGCUGGAAAAUGAGAUCGCAGAGCUCCAAAAGGAGCUGGAGAUGCUCAAAUUCAGGAUCAUGGUGGAGAGCGGCGAGGCCCCGCAAUCCGACAGGAAACGCGUCGCCAAGACUGCCGUACUGAGAGAGGCAGUGCAGGAGCAGCACUUGGUGCUCGCCAGAGCGCAGGCCAUGCUGGCGGGCCACUCGCAGCAGAGUGUGUUCCGACUGUACCCGACGGAGACCAAGAUACGGCUUGGAAGAGACCGGUACGAGAGGAUGAGGACGCUGAGUGCCCUGAGAGGCCCCAAGCUGCAGGAAGCGAGGCGGUUUUUGAUGGAGCGCAGGCGCGGGCUCAGCCCCACGGCCCCGUACUUCCAGGAGGAGAGGUACGACACGCCCGGCGGAGAUUACUGCAUCGCGAGGUUCGACGUGACCCCGUUUCGAGGAGCUAAAGGCGGCGUGCAGGAAGUGUUUGCGGCGCUGCAACAAGCAGUGUUUAAUGCGGAGAUCAUCAUCUCCGAGUCGUCGGGACAUAUUACUAUUCGGGAGGAUGACGAGCUCGGAGACGAGAAUUUAUCGCACAUGCGCUUUGUGUCGCAGUCUCCCCAUGGCGUUCCACUGGAGACGAACCUCGUGCUGUUCUCGGACUGCAGCCAGUGUGAAGCCAAGGAUACGGACAUGGCGGAGAAUGGGCGCUAUGCCAUCAUGGCCUCGGACUUCGUGGAUGAAGACGAGAGAUUUCCCUACAGACCAUUGGAACGAGUAAGGCGAGACUCAACCACCAUGACCAUGGUGACCUCCUAUCGAGACACUGACAGCGUUGAAGGUGAACUCGUUGUAGUUGUCACGCGGUGGGCGCUGAACAUUGUUCGACGUCCUGCGAUGGCUACACCAGAUAAAGUGUGGGAUGAUCUGCGCAAUUCUCACGUGCGGUGGGCGGAUUUGAUGUUCAACUGCGUACGCCAAGCACUCGGACUGCCGGUAGUACAGUAA